ACUUUCCCGGAAGCAUCCGGCUCCGUGUAGGUCUCUUGUGUCUGGUGGAGCCGGUGUGCCAGGCUGGUGGCGAGUGAACAAGAUGUCGUCACCGUGUGUUCCAGAAGAUGGGCAGGGCGGCGGCGGGCGAGGCGAUCCCCCAGGGGACCUCCAUAGCGUCCUGGUCACCAGCGUGCUCAACCUCGAGCCGCUGGACGAGGAUCUCUACAGGGGAAGGCAUUACUGGGUUCCUGCCACCAAGAGGCUGUUUGGGGGUCAGAUCGUGGGCCAGGCCCUGGUAGCUGCAGCCAAGUCUGUGAGUGAAGACGUCCACGUGCACUCCCUGCACUGCUACUUUGUUCGGGCAGGGGACCCAAAGGUGCCAGUGCUGUACCAGGUGGAGCGGACGCGAACAGGGUCGAGCUUCUCAGUGCGUUCCGUGAAGGCCGUGCAACAUGGCAAGCCCAUCUUCAUCUUCCAGGCCUCCUUCCAGCAGGCCCAGCCCAGCCCAGUGCAGCACCAGUUCUCCAUGCCCACAGUGCCACUGCCGGAGGAGCUGCUUGACUACCAGGCCCUCAUCCAACAGUAUUUAAGGGACCCUAACCUCCAAGAAAGGUACCCAGUGGUGCUGAACCGAAUUGCUGCCCAGGAGGUACCCUUUGAGAUCAAGCUGGUAAACCCACCCACCCUGAACCAGCUGCAGAGAAUGGAGCCCAAACAGAUGUUCUGGGUGCGAGCCCGGGGGUAUAUUGGGGAGGGCGACAUCAAGAUGCACUGCUGCGUGGCUGCCUACAUCUCGGACUAUGCCUUCCUGGGCACGGCACUGCUGCCCCACCGGUGGCAGCAUAAGGUGCACUUUAUGGUCUCGCUGGACCACUCCAUGUGGUUCCAUGCCCCCUUCCGAGCUGACCACUGGAUGCUCUAUGAGUGCGAGAGCCCCUGGGCUGGUGGCUCUCGGGGGCUAGUUCACGGACGGCUGUGGCGUCGGGACGGGGUCCUAGCCGUGUCAUGUGCCCAGGAGGGUGUGAUCAGAGUGAAGACUCGAGUCUCAGAAAGCAAGCUGUAGCCAGAGUCUUGGCUUGGCCUAGGCUUCAAGGAGCUUCCUUCUACCGCCAUUUCUGAGGCAGGACUCACAGUCCCUCUGGCCCACACAUCCAAUAAAGAGACUGAUACCACUGGA